AAGAUGUCGCCUCGCGGUGGCAAGUGCGCGCGUGUCAGCAAGGUGGCGGCUACCAAGGGACGUCAAACGCGCGGCCAGCACGUCUCCGUGAAUCUUGCGGAAGCUGAAGAAACAAUGACGACGACGACGAUGGCAUUGGUGACGACAAUCGUGACAGCGACGUCGACGACGACGAUGACGUCAAACGGAACGGCAGUUGCAGCGACGAGAAUGGACAAGCCCGUGGUGCACACGACGGCGUGCAACGACGAGGGUCGAUCGCAGUGGUCCGAGCGCAUGCGCCAGUCCCUGGAGAGCAGCUCCGAGCCAGCCCGUGAAAACGGUACCCCGUUGCAUCGUUGUUAUCUGGAGAGGCAACGACGACGGGAGAGACAGACCGCCGCGGGGAGGAAACAUCGACCGGCGAAGUGCACCGAGAACGCCGCCACCGUCGCCACCGGCUCCUCGUGUUCAUCGACGUCGUUGUCGUCGCCGCCACCGGCGCUUUCCUCGCCCGCAUCCUCUUGCGCGUCCUCGCGCCGCUCGACCUCACCGCCGUCCUGCGUCUCGUCGCCGACGCGCUCUUCCACCUCGUCGGUUACGAGCGAUCCUCUAGCGAUCAAGCCAGCGGCCGAGAAGCGGAAGCGGAACGCUGCGGCAACAAAACAGGACAGCGACAGCGGAGCGGCGACUCAUGGAGCGACGGAAAUUGCAACCAUUACCUCCUCGACCACCGUGUCCACCACGUCACCGUUCCCCUCCCCCGUGUCCACAUCUUCGGCGUCCUGCCGGACGACGACCACUCCGCGCGGCUACGUCGGCGAUCAUGGCGCCGCGCAUCCGUCCUCGUCCGCCCUCGAGAGGUUGAGAAAUGUCCUCGAAAAUUACGAACGCGGUCGGAUUUAUCUCGCCCAUGUCUGCUACCUGGACUGGCGGGAUCUGCCAGGUAAACGGCGUGGCGGAGGUCGCGAGGCUACGAGGAGCAGCGAACGGGUGUGGGUGGUGGGGGCGGCGGAUCACGAGGGUCAUCAUCGGACGCGAUUGUUGGUGGCUGGACGUCACUGGCGGCCACGUUGCUUACGCAAGGUCAACAUGCUGAGUCAGCCGGUGGUAUACGCUGGUGGCGGUAGGGGAUCCUUAACCGCCGAUCUCUUCCUCUGGUGGUUCCAUCACGAGUUUGCUGUCACAGCGAUGGCGAUGCAUCCGGAUGGCGCCGUGCUGGUGGCAGAGAGCGCCGAUUAUCUGCCGCCGGAGGGUGACUGCGUCGCCGCGGACGGCCUGGUGCGGCUGUUUGUGGUACCCAAGGAUUGCAUGGAAACACGAUUGGUGAUCCGAGAGCUGAGAGUGCGACUAGCCACCGGAUUACUAUCUAAGGCCCGCUGCGGCGUUUACCAUGACAAAGUCUUCUCGAGUUCGAGCGAGGAAGUGGCCGAUCACCGAUUGGACGCGUACCUGAAAUGGUUUACAUUGAAGGAAGCAUUCGCGGAUCUCCAUCGCGCCUGGCUCAGUAUUCGGUCGGACACUUUUGCUCGCAGUUGGACGUUGCCACGAGAUCGCGACGAUCAUUCGUUAGCGGGACGUAACGGCGCCAUAUUGCCGUCCAGAAUCCACGCGGUGGAUCAGGAGGAGGACAGGAUGCUACUCGUCGAAUUGCAGAGUCUUGCCAGGGAGGCUGGAUUGGAGGUCGACGACGAGGAGCUGGGCAGGUGGAUCGUCGACGAGGAGAGCGCUUUGGCGCGUCUUGUCAGGAAGCGGGAGCCGGACGAAGAGCAGCAAGGAUAUCGGGUGAAGAUUGAGGCGGAUGACAAAUGGUCGGAACGCAAUGGCGAUGAAAAUGAAGACGGAAACGACGGCGUUGAGGAAGAUAACGACGAGGAGGAACCGACGGCCGAGGAGGCUGUCGGACUACUCUCGAGAGUACUGACCUGGAUGGAGAGGGAACCCCUCGAUCCAGGACUCUUGCUGGCGGUCAGAUCGAUGCGCGAUACCGCCGCACUUAUGGCGAGCAAGAUGGCAGGUUUGGCGGGGACGCAUCCGAGCGGGCUGCCCUUCUUUUGCCCGAACGGAGACCAUCUGACGCAACCACCUCCCGCCCACAUGGGCAUACCACCCUAUGGGGCGCUGGACGCUGGCAAAGCGGCUGCCGCGGCCGGUCUCACGAGGGCACCGAUGUACCCUUUCUCGACGGGCCAGUAUCCAUAUCCCAUGCUUAGUCCAGAAAUGACGCAAGUCGCUUCCUGGCACACACCGAGCAUGUACCCCAUCUCACCGGCGAAUGCUGGCUUCCGGAGUCCAUAUCCCACGAGCUUACCCAUCACCAGUUCCAGCUUAUCAAGUGAUCUCUACCGGUUUUCACCGACGAGCCUCAUGCCACCGCAUCCUGGUCUUAGCCCGCACGCACACGCGUUAGCGUCGCACGCGUUGGUGUCCUCGGCGUCAAAGGCGGAUCACUCCACCCUGGAUCACAAUCACAGGUCUACGAUAGAACAGAAAAACUCCACGUCGUUACCUACGGACAACACGAAAGCCCAGGAUACGGGUCAGCAAAAUAAUCAAGAUAAAAAGAAACCCCAUAUAAAAAAGCCUUUGAACGCGUUUAUGCUGUACAUGAAGGAGAUGAGGGCGAAGGUUGUGGCAGAGUGUACCUUAAAGGAGAGUGCCGCGAUCAACCAAAUAUUAGGAAGACGAUGGCACUCGCUAAGCCGGGAGGAACAGGCGCGGUAUUAUGAGGCAGCCAGGCAGGAACGCCAUCUGCACCAGCAACGAUAUCCUGGCUGGAGUGCCAGGGAUAACUACGGAUAUGGCAGCAAGAAGAAGAAGAGGAAGAAAGAGCGCUCCGCAGAUCCCACCGGAGGUAAUAACAUGAAGAAAUGUCGCGCCAGGUAUGGAUUAGAUCAGCAGAGCCAGUGGUGUAAGCCCUGCAGACGUAAGAAGAAAUGUAUCAGAUACAUGGGGGAGGGAGGAGACGGCGACGGUGAAGCCGACGGCGAAGCCGAGGACGAUCAUUCGGAGGAUAAUCUGGGCAGCGUAGGUGAAGCGGGAACUCCUGAGGAGGAUGAAUCCCUCAGCAGUCCCGGGGGCCUGUCCGCGUUGUCUAGUCUGGCGAGUCCUUCGCUGGUCUUACCAUCGCCCUCGAGUCUAUCCAGUCCGUGCCCGUGUCCAUUAACGCCCCCAGUGCCCCCGCCGCCCUUGUCGAAUACGAACCAACCAUCGCACAAUCAACCGACAACGACAGCGACGGCAGCAGCGAUGGCUGGAGUGGCAGUGACGACAGCGGCGACGCAGCAACCAGCUCCGCAACCCCAUCGCAACCCCGUCGGCACGAAUCCUCAUGACAUCAAUAAUCCGCUCAGCGUGAACCAGCUGACCGGACAGUGUAUAAAGAGCGAGUCCGCGCCCUCGGGGCCCUCCAAUCCGGCGAUCAGCGUCACGUAGCCCCGGCCGGACCCACAUGACCGAACUGUUGCUAUAUGCGGUGUCAUCUACGGGGUCCGUCUACGUGUGCGCGCGAUAAGAAAGCCGGAUGACGAGGUGAUGAGAGAUUGGCGGUUGAGAGAAACUUCCCCACUAUCACGGGCAGGUUUCACUUUUGUUCCAAGAGGGAGGUUUUCGUUUCACCGCUAAUCUGAUCAGGAGGGACCAGAGUUUUAAUAUUUUCAGAAAAACACACUUGAAGAUAGUCCGAGGGAUCGCUCAUCAUAAUAGUUGAUCGUGUUUCGGUUGUGGGAAUCGAACGUGGUCUGCACGAUCUAAGCAGCAUCGUUAAUGAUCCAGAUCAGGGCAUGAAAAAUCGUCGAUCGCCGCCUCGUCAUUGUGAAUGAUGGUGUUACCUUCGGUCGUUUUCUCCUGGCAUAGCCUCGCUCUUAUGCAUUCGCCGAAGUACAGGUCAUCCAGUGUCCGACAUACACACAAAGUCGGGAAUAAGAAUCAAGACAUUAUAUAUAUAUGUGUAACAAACGAAUAAAAACAAAUACGAUAUAGAAAUACUCAGGACCAAGUAUUUGGCUGUAGUCACCCGCUCGGCAAAGAGAAAAAGACGUGAGCGAGAUGUAUAAGCGAGAGAGAAUAUGUAUGCGUGCGUGCGUGCGUACAAAGCUAGCGAAGAGCAAAAGGUGCACGUCCAGCUAAUAAUGUGACUGAAAGAACGACUCGUUGGAGGUGCAUGUGACGCAGCUUGUAGUCCUUGUUACGUUGUGAUGCCAAUGACUGAGAGGUCAUGUUCCUGUGCCAGCUACUAUACUCUAGAGAAGUAAUUGUAUCGCGAACAAGUAGCUAAGAGCGUAAGAUGGAAGAGAGAGAGAGAGAGAGAGAGAGAGAGUAAAAAAGAAAGAAAAAGAAUAGAACGGAAGUCGCGUGUGCGAUGCAUUUUAUUGUCAUUUGAUUAUUCGACCUCAUCUCUCACACAUAGGUGUCGAAAUACCUAUCCUCUAUGUAUAUGUAAUUUGUUAUUUUUUUAAAAGUCUAUACACAGUGCGGUUGAUUAGCGUGUAAGAUAUCCUUAAUAAUUCGAAUCCUUAAUAAUCCUUUUCAUUCUCUAUUUGAAUAUUUUUUCUUCGAAUACCUCUCUUUUUUCUACAUAUACACGUCCUUUCUUUUCUUUAUUAUAAUGAUCUAUUAUUUGAAAAUGAUGCAAUGCGAUUGGCAUGAUUUUAUAUUAUAAGUCUCUUUUGCGCACGACUCUUUUUUUACGAAAUAUAAUAAUGCUAUUAUUUAUGCGUAUUAACAUUAAUAAUACGUAUAAAAUAAAACAUUAUAUCUCUAAUAUUGUUUAUUAUUGCUAUCACAAUUGACUUUAUAUCGCUAAGAUCUUUACCCUUCGAUUCUCUCGUGAUUUUAGUCAUCAAUGCGACAAACUUUCGACUGAACGAAGACAAUAAUCGCGAUGAAUAAAAAAAAUAUAUAAGAAAAGAAAGAGAGAGAAGAUAAAGGGACGAUAAACGCGGGCACAAUUUUUUAUACAAGGAUCGAGACGUUCGAUGAAUCGUUCGCGGUUAAUGUACAAAAAAAUGACGUGUUUUGGAAUUCUAUGGUUAUCUCGUAACUCAUUUGUUUCUUCUUUGUAUUUCUGUGUUUCUUUCUUUAAAAGAAAGUUAAUUUCUGCCCAUCCUUUCCUUAUCUCACUCUUAUGUUUAACAUGACAUAUAAUAGCGACAUAUACGAUUAAAAAAUUUGUCCAACUUAAGGACUAAUGUCAAUUUGUAAUUUGUGCGUCAGAGAAAUAUAUAUCUCUUUCAAAUCGUUUUAGGAAAAAAAUUUCUAUUGUUGGAACAAUCACACGCAUCUCUCGACAAUUACUGGAUUCUAAGAAGAAAAUUAUAUAAUACUCCUGUAAAACAGAAUUUAUUUUUUUCGAAUAUUCUUUUUAUUUUUUCUUUCUUGCUUUUAUUUCACAUUUUGCGAAUGUUAGAAUAAUGCGCAUUUUUAUCGUUACGCGCAAAAUAAUGUUACAUUUUUAUUGACAAUUAUCGACAGUUUUUUUAUGAACAUUUUAUUAUAUAUCUUGUUUACCGUGGUGUAACGUGCAAAUGUGAACGAAAAGGCUUAUCUGACAAUGGACAGAAAAAUGAACAAAUCAAGAAUGCGAGUUAUUGUUCUAAAAAAAAAAAAACAACUCCAACACACUAGCGGACGUUCCGAAUGAAACAGAGGUUGUGAAUUGUGCGAUAAAAGAUCGUCUAUUUUAUUCUUGCUCGUUUUACUACUGAGACUUUUUGCUAAUUUUUUUAACUCUUUUAUCGAUUUGUGUGUGAUAUUUGAAAUACAAUAAUAAAUAUUUUACAUUUAGAUUUUGCAAAUUCGAUAUUUUAUUUUAUGUAAUGAAAAAAGCAAUAGAAAGUCUUUUUAAAUAUUUUUGCAACAGAGCUCAUUCGCGCGUGCGCGCGAUAUUUUCAAGAGUCUUGAAUCGCACAAUUUCAAAAUGUCAAGUAUAUAUAUAAGCGCGACACAUUGUUAGAGAUUUCUAUUUCGUUGUGCGACAUAUUUCGGUGCAAUUUUAAUCUUCCUUUAUUAUAUUAUCGGCCAAAAGGGAAAAAGCGCAGCGUAAAGGGUCCUGUACAACAGUUAUUCUGCGAGUGUUUAUUUCAGGGGGAGUGUAGUUUCUCUCUUGUACAUAAAAAAAAAAUAUGUUUUAUAAAAUGCAUUUGUUGCGACGUAUGGGAAAGUGCAAUGGAGGUGCCAACAAGAGAGAGAGAGAGAGAGAGAGAUCGCGCGUGUUUAUACGCCACAAAAACGGAAGCGUUGACGUUACGCACGAAUGUAUGCAGACGUCGGUGAAAAUGUUUUCUUUUUCCUCUCUUCUUUCCCUUCCGCAAUGUGUUCUUUUCUCCUCUUUUUCCUUUUUCUUCAUUUUUCAACCGACUGAAUCGCACGGUGUACAUCCGUGUACGGCGAAGAUCGCGGCUGUAGAAACGUGUCGCUGAGUAUAGCAGCAAAACUAAACGUGCCAUAACAACAUCAUGCCAAUAUUAAUGAUAAUACGCAUAUCGUUUCUCUUUUUAUUAUAUUACGAUUCAUUCGACCUUGUUCUGUCAGUCAUAAAGCGUCAAGCCCAUCGAUGCGAAUAUGUCCUUUCUUCCCCCCGUCUUUUUCGUUCGCCCUUUUAACUUCACCCAUCCUUCCUUUCCCAUCCUUUCUUCGUUUGUCGAUCGAACUGGUUACAUAGAUUGAAAGUAGUAUUUAAUACGAAUCUUCUUUCGAACGUAACACAAGUCUCAUCUUGAUCUCCCUUAUCAAAUGUUAUCGAAUCGGAAAUGAAAAAAUGGAUUUACAUAUAAUGCAUGAAACUCUCGAACAUAAGAAAGGAAUAAUGUGGACUCUCGUGAGUGCAAAAAUGUUCGAUCGAGGAACCAAAGUAUCUACCUACUUGCCUACCUAUCUUCUUAUCUAUCUACUUACCUACUUUCUCCUCGAACAAAGUACGGGGCAAGGACGACCAGCGACGUCUCACGAGAGACAAAUACGAGAGAAAAGGAGACGGCGGAGAUCUAUCACCACUACUGGUUGUACUGACAGACGUAAUCACUAUUACGAGAAAACAAGACUCGCAAAGUCGUGCGAUGUUUGAAUAUUGUAUGCGACGGUGAGGAGGGUGACGCGAGCAGUCUUUCUGGACAACCCUCGGAAAUGAGAAUUUGUGAAAUCCCUCAAAGAAAAGUAUGUCCGCUCGCGUCUCACCUGCCUCCCAUUUCACUUUGCUAGAAACGAGACAACGUCACGUAGGAUUCGGCAGCGGACUACUUAGAGACGCGAAAGCGUCUUCGUGUUUUUUUUUCAAGGACGCGUAUUAGGGAGGAGAGGAGAGAGAAAGACCUAUCUUCGGGACGCAGAGUAAAUAAUCUUCGGCGGGCAAAUUCGCUCGAUAUGGCCUAAAGUCCGCUCGAGAGGAGAUAUCGAGAUUCGCUCGUAAAAUCCGCAAGGAAACGACACUUCCUUUCCAAGGUGAUGGUGACGAUCAAGGUCCGCUCGAGCCGACCUAUCCCGAUUCGGUGCUCGUGUCUCGCUUCAGAGGAGUGGUUGUACUAUAUUGUAAAGUAUCAAUCGACAGUUCUCAGCUGCGUUGUACAGUGUUUUCUAAGUAUUUAGGUUGAUAGUGUGUAAUUGAGAAGAAAAAGGAACAUUGUAUUUACACUAAUAAGUGAUCUGUAUCAAAUUCAUUCUCGUAUAGCCUGUACUCCUACUCAUGUAGAUGCUAAAAGUGAUUUGUGUCAUAAAGAAAACCUAUAAAUAAAAUUAGCACUUUGAGAACGUUG